CAGAUUCAACUUGUAUUUCAUCAUUUCCAGGUAGAACAUCUACUUCUUGCUGUUGUUUUUGCAUCUUUGCUUCUUCCUGGCCAUGGUGCAUCUGAUGAGACAAUGCAAUCAGUAGCCAGUGCCUCCCUUGUAGGAACGUCUUACCAUCUACAUGGUUGCUUGUGUCCUGUGAUUGUUGGUCUUCCAGGAAAGCCAGGCCUCCCAGGGAUUCCUGGUCAAGGAAUUGCUGGCCCAAAAGGAGAGAGCGGACAAAGUGGACAAGCAGGGCCACCUGGGGAGAAAGGAGAUCAGGGUGCUCGUGGAGCAGCUGGCCUGGAUGGAUUGCCAGGGCUUCAAGGUGCAAAAGGGGAAACUGGACCUAAAGGGAAUCAUGGAGCAGAGGGCAGAAGAGGUCCCCAAGGAGUUACAGGGCCAACAGGGAGUCAUGGGGCAACUGGCAGUAGAGGAGCGCAAGGACCUGUCGGCCCAAAGGGGGAACAGGGGACACCAGGGACAAGGGGUGGUCGAGGAGCGACUGGUAGCAGAGGUCCUCAAGGACCUGCUGGGCAAAAAGGGGAACAAGGACAAAUAGGACCAGACGGACCUAAAGGCAAUCAAGGAGCAACAGGUAACACAGGACCUCAGGGACCUGUUGGACCAAAGGGGGACCAUGGGGCAACAGGUGGCAGAGGACAUCAAGGAGCUGUUGGGCCAAAGGGGGAACGGGGCCAAGUAGGGCCAGAAGGACCAAAAGGAGGUCAAGGACCAACUGGUAGCACAGGUCCUCAAGGAGCUGCUGGGACAAAAGGGGACCGUGGUCACAUAGGACCAGGAGGACCUAAAGGAGAUCAAGGAGCAACUGGUAGCACAGGUCCUCAAGGAGCUACUGGGCCAAAAGGGGAUCGUGGCCACAUAGGUCCAGGAGGACACAAAGGAGAUCAAGGAGCAACUGGAAGCAGAGGUCCUCCAGGAGCCAUCGGACCAAAAGGGAACAGUGGAGUAACAGGACCAGCAGGACCUAAAGGGAAUCAAGGAGCAACUGGUAAUAGAGGCUUUCAAGGAGUUGCUGGGCCAAAAGGGGACCAUGGCCCAACAGGACCAGGAGGACCUACCGGGGAGAAAGGAGCACCUGGAAGCAGAGGUCCUCAAGGAGCUGUGGGGCCAAAAGGGCACAAAGGACUAACAGGAACAGCUGGACCUAAAGGGAAUCAAGGAUCAACUGGUAGCACAGGUCCUCAAGGAGUCACUGGGCCAAAAGGGAAUCAUGGUCAAACAGGACCUGAAGGACCUAAAGGGGAUCAAGGAGCAACUGGAAGCACAGGUCCUCAAGGACCCAUUGGACCAAAAGGGGACAGAGGCCCAUCAGGUCCAGAAGGACCCAAAGGAGAUCUAGGGGCUAAUGGUGACAGAGGUCCUCAUGGAUCUACUGGGCCUAAAGGGGACUGUGGCCCCACAGGACCACGAGGACCUAAAGGAAAUCAAGGAGCAACUGGUAGCAGAGGUCCUCAAGGAGGCGCUGGGCCAAAAGGGGACUGUGGCCAAAUUGGACCAGGAGGACCAAAAGGAGAUAAAGGAGCAACUGGUAGCAGAGGUCCUCAAGGACCAUCUGGGCUAAAAGGGGACAGAGGACAAACAGGGCCAGCAGGACCUAAAGGGAAUCAAGGAGCAACUGGCAACAGAGGUUCUCAAGGAGCUGCAGGGCCAAAAGGAGACCUUGGCCCUACAGGACCAGGAGGAUCAAAAGGAAAUCUAGGAGCAACAGGCAGCAGAGGUCCUCAAGGAGCUGCGGGGCCAAAAGGAGACCGUGGUUCAGCUGGAGCAGAAGGACCCAAGGGGGAUCAUGGAGCAACUGGCAGCACAGGUCCUCGAGGAGUACCCGGGCAAAAAGGGGACCGUGGGCCAACAGGACUACAAGGACUUAAAGGGGAUCAAGGAGCAACUGGUAGCAGAGGUCUUCAAGGAGCUGCCGGGCAAAUAGGGGACCGUGGGCCAACAGGACCAGGAGGACCUAAAGGGGACCGAGGAACAGUUGGUAGCAGAGGUCCUCAAGGAGCCAUCGGUCCAAAAGGGGACCAUGGCCCAAUGGGACCAGGAGGACCCAAAGGGGAUCGAGGAACAACUGGUAGCAGAGGUCCUCCAGGAGCCACUGGGCCAAAAGGGAACCAUGGCCCAAUAGGCUUAGGAGGACCUAAAGGUAACCAAGGAGCAACUGGUAGCAGAGGUCCUCAAGGAGCUGCAGGGCCAAAAGGGGAACGUGGAGUAACAGGACCAGGUGGACCAAAAGGGAAUCAAGGGGCAACAGGGAGCAGAGGUCCCCAAGGAGCCACAGGGCCAAAAGGGAAUCAUGGCCAAAUAGGACCAAGAGGACCUAAAGGGGAUCAAGGAGCGAUUGGUAGCAGAGGUCCUCACGGAGCCACCGGGCCAAAAGGGGACAGAGGACUAAUAGGACCAGGAGGACCCAAAGGAGAUCAAGGAGAACCCGGUAGCAGAGGUAUUCAAGGAACUGCUGGGCCAAAAGGAGACCGUGGAUUAACAGGACCAGGAGGACCUAAAGGGAAUCAAGGAGUGACCGGGAGCAGAGGUCCCCAAGGAGCCUCUGGGCAAAGAGGGGACCGUGGCCCUACAGGACCAGAAGGACUCAAAGGGAAUCAAGGAGCAACUGGCACCAGAGGUCCUCAAGGAGUCGCUGGGCAAAAAGGGGAGAGUGGCCCUAAUGGAGCAGCAGGAGCCAAAGGGAAUCAAGGAGCAACAGGCAGCAGAGGUCCUCAAGGAGUUGCUGGGCAAAAAGGGGACAGUGGCCCUAGAGGAGCAGCAGGAGCCAAAGGGAAUCAGGGAGCAACUGGCAGCAUAGGUCCUCAAGGAGUACCAGGUCAAAAAGGGGACCAUGGAACAACAGGACUAGCAGGACCUAGAGGGGAUCAAGGAGCAACUGGCAGCAGAGGUCCCCAAGGAGCUCCUGGGCCAAAAGGAGACCGUGGCCCUUCAGGACCAGGGGGACCUAAAGGGAAUACAGGUGCAACUGGCAGCAGAGGUCCUCAAGGGGUUACCGGGCCAAAAGGGUACAGAGGACAAACAGGUUCAAUUGGACCAAGAGGGUAUCGAGGAGCAACAGGCAGCAGAGGUGCUCCAGGUGUUAAUGGGCAAAAAGGUCAGAAAGGUGAAGAAGGGUAUUCAUGGUGUUGUGAUUUCUGAUCCCUUAUCUCUGUACUCACCUAUUUGUUCAUUAGUUAUGACCAGCUAUUAUUUCUAAGACCAUCCCAACUCCCCUUAAGAAUUAGCAGCUCCAAUUAUCCAUUUUUAGGGGGAAAGCUAAUUCAAAUAACAAUCCCUAUUUUCACAGUUUCUAACUUGUUUGUGUCUGGAAGAAAGAAGCUUCAGACAAAGACUUUUCCCCCUCAAACAAAACCUUGUAUUAAUUGAUUAGCUGUAAAAUUUCCACAAGAUCAAGAGCUGAGCAAUUUUAUACAAACACCAUAUCAAGACUCUCCCCCAUUCUGACUGUAAUCUGCUACUGUUCAGCUGCAGUACACAAAAUGGGUGAGUGAAAUAUCUAUUGGAAAUGAAUUUUCAUACUGUAGUAUCCACCAAGGAUGUAAACUUCAGAAAUUAACAAAGUUUCAAGCCAUAGAUGUCCUUUGGAAGGUUAGAUCAACAUGCAUACAGAAGCAAAAUGGACUGUUAGGAAACUUUACAUGUAAGUCCUGUCAUUUCCCCCACUAUAAUCCACUACAGGACUAACACUAGAUGGAAUUUGUCUUUUCCCAUUCUUGGGACUAUAUCAAAAUGUGGAAAGUUCUGAUAAGGAAGACAUGCUUAUAAAAGACUGAAAAUCUAUGAAUGUAAUGUUUCCAUACUGAAAACUCUAUCUUAACAGACUAAGACCAAAACUACAUGUUGUAACUCAUCAAUUUCUUUCUAUACUCCAAUAAGUUUGAUAUCAUAUUAAAUGGAAUGUUGAUAAAUGUUUAUUCCAUAGAUUUGUGAUUGGAAAGUUUAUUACUUUUCUAACUAUGUUAUGUUCGCAAUUGAUAUUGAAGCUCUAAAUGAUCAACUUAUUCUACAACUGUCACAUUUUGAACAACAAUGUCAAGGGGCAAUGAAAUUGACAACAUGUUCAAUAAUCCCUUUCAUUUUUAUUAUAAUUUUCCACGUGGUAUUGCCAUGAUAUUCCCUAGAAUUCAUUAAAUUCAGGUGUACCCCUAACUGGCAAUAGUGAAGAAC